UCGCGAAUGACCUCUGAAGGCGUCCGUCGUCCUCAGAAAUCUUAUUUAUCGCAUGCGCACUCCGAGCUCAUCAGUACAGCGUGGUGGAUCCUCCAGCUCAGACGACGGACGAACUCCGAGCUUCGAGUCCACGAUUAUUUGCGGUGAUCAGACUGACUGGCUACUCGUGUGGUGAAUGAAGGUGCUCUCCGAUACAAUACUAGUUCGUGUUCUUUUCGAUCAUCAUCAUCAUCAUCAUCAUCAUCCUCUGGUUCUCAUUGUGUGCUGGUGGGUCCAUCGAAACCAAUCUUGGUUGUUCUAGGCCAGCGCUCAAUGGUCCACUCUUCUCCUCCUUCUCCUCCUCCUCCUCCCCCCAACACUCUUCCAAUUGAGGAUAAAAAGACAAAGAAGCCAUACAAGCGAUAUAUAAUAAGCCUGUCUGACUCAGGCAAAUCCCCGGGAUCGUGGUGCUUGUUCAGUCGUGAUCUUCAUCCCAAAAGAAUAGGAAUAAAUACAAGAGAGUCCAAGGAGGCAUAUCGAACAACAUCGGCAGAAACGCUACACGAUCGAGGAUGGAUAAAGGCCGAGCCAGAGAACUUGAGGCGUGAUUCUGAGCCUUGGGCUUCAUUGGCCCCUCUCUGCCGGGUUUACAACGUGGUUGUAAUAUGUAUUUGUGAACGUUAGUAGCUUCUGAAUCGGAUUGCGCGAGGCGUUUCCUUCCACCAGGGUUGCCGUGGCUUCAAGAAGAAUCCCACCCGGCAAACCUGUUUAAUACAAUUCGUUCCCUAUCACGAACACACUUUUUAUCCGUAUGCCUGACAUCGACGGAGCUUUGCAAAAAAGAACAAGUCGGUCGGUAUUGAAUAUCGAAUUCAGAACCCCUGGAACUGACUUAUUUUGUUGGAUGGUUGAGAACUUAACGCGAGAAGCAAAUGAAAUGAUCCGUGGUGAAUACGACCAUCGAGGAAAAGCAUUGCAUUUCUCAGCUCCUAAAUGCAAUAUGGAAACAGAAACAGAUCGGGAGAAGAGAAGAACACACAACGAAAAGUCAUCACUCAUGAAAGGGAACGGGCCAUAAAUCUCGAUCCUGGGAAGAUACCCAGAGCCAGAGCCAGAACAGAGUUCAGUAAUACACCAAGAACUCGGCUCUAUUGCCGCCUCUACUUCUAUGCUCUGUUGGAACCAUAGUUUUGGUAGUGGAACAAGCCGUGAUAUAAGAACAUUCCCUUUUUUGUGACGUGGGUCCAAGCUUCUUCCUUCCAAAAGGGCGAAAACGACGAUUGCUUCGGUCUUCCAAAGAUCCCAAAAACUGGCCCUCAACUCUCAUUUCUUCGCUCACAACACCACCCUCAGAUUGCUUGAGACAAUAUUGGAACCAAGCCCAGAGGGAGAGAAAACUCGAGAUUAGCUUCGUUUUUGCCUCACUUCUCACUUCAACCUGAGGUCCAAAGCUCGUUACUCAAAAAGAAAACAGAAAAAGGAUACAAAGAACGAAGAAGAAGUGAGACGGAGACAUGUUUGGACAUUGAAACCCCAGCAAUAAGGUCGAGUAGUGCAAGAACGUUUGUUACGGAGUGUGAAAACCGUCACCCUAUUUGACUUGUUUACCCUCUCCCGGAUGCCGGGGACUCGUCUGCCAAGAAGUGCAACUGACCCAAAGGACUGAAGAAGGUCGAUGGGUCCAUUGGAAGUAACAAUAAUAAUGAUAAUGCGAAGAAGCAGAAGCAGAAGAAGAAUGGUGCUUGAGGAUUUACGGUUCCCACCAUUAAUAACCCACCUCCCUCUUGGUGGCCCUAAUGCAAGAGCUCUCUUUCUAUGAAUGCAGAAAAGAAAGAUAGAGCACCCACAAAAGGGGUAAAAGGCGAAUCCAUUGGCGGAGACAAAGUCUUUGACGAUCGGGUUCAAAUGGAUAUUUGAAUUAUUGGUUGAGGGACCCGCGUCUGAACAAAGUGGGGAAACAUAGAGAGGAAGACGGGAGAUAAUCGAAAUCUUUCCCCUCUGGAAUGUGGCACAGUGCGCCCAGGACUCUCGUAGCCCACUUUUGAAACGGUGGUUUUAUUGUUGGCAGUGAACGAAUGAUACCAAUAGGUAUGGACCUCGAGGGAAAAGUUCCCAAUUGCCUGGGAAAAUGGUUUCAAAAUGUUCCAUUCAGCAAAAAUCCAAUGGAGUGAAAGGAAGUUUUUUGGAAAGUUUCUUGAAUCGGAGGGACAGUUUUGAAAAAGAUGUCGCUGUAAUGGAACGAGCAGAAGAGAAAUGGAACCACUUUAUGUCGGACGGUUUCGGCUCCUGAGUGCAUUUUUUUCACCAUCAACCGGGGGAUUUACUGUGCCACAGACAACUUGGAAUGCAUAGCGGUCUUUGAAGUUGUUGCCAAUACUGGAAUGCAUAAUCGCCCACCGGAUCCACAGAAAGAAAGACGUUUGUUCCACUUGUGAACGGAUCAAAUUCUGAGGAAACGAGAGAGUGCAUCUGCAACUGAAAAACACAAAAAGAAAACCAAGAGUGGUGAGGAGAUAAACUUGGUAAAAGUGAGUGAGUAGCUAAGAAGGAAAAAGGGAAAGAGGAGCCAUCGAGACAGGAGACUACCAAAAGUUUUAUUGGCCGAGGCAGCCACAAGAAUCUUCACUCUUGGCGGUUUGUGACAAAUUUCUCCAGUUUUUUGUAGCCAUCGUUGGAAAGUAGUGAUUGACUAUCAGUUCGACACUUCUUGAGACUUUUUGCCAUUUUUUCCCUUGGCACCCUCAAUGACAUGGCAGCCAGCUCCAAUGAUGACUCCUUUAUGGUAAUGCAGCAUGAGCCAGCAAAACUCUGCGGCAUUCUGGAGAAUAUUCUUCUUCCACAUCCUCAGCUUACAACUGACAAUGCUUUUAAGCUAUGGCGGGAAGUUUGAAUCGGUUGGCGCGCUCCUACUUCGGGACAGUCAAUGUCCAAAGUUGUGUGAGUGUAAGUGGAAGAAAGGCAAAGAGACUGUGGCCUGUGUAAACGCAAACUAUAUCGAUAUUCCCAUUCUGGAAGACUCUGGAACUCAGGUCCUGGACUUCCGUGGGAACGCAAUCAAGGUGCUUGUCGAUGGGAUCUUUAUUCAUGCAAACUUGCUGAAUCUUCAGGAGGUUCACCUUCCCCAGUGCCAAAUCAAAGAGAUCCACAAAUUUGCCUUUCGCGACCUCAUCAACCUAAUGCGUUUGGACCUGAGUGACAACGAGCUCGAGGCCAUUCCCUCAGCUGCCUUAUCAUCGGUGUCACAGCUAAGGGAGCUCUCACUUUCUGGCAAUGCCUUCGGUACCGUGAAGGACUAUGCAUUUUCCAAUUUGGCCCACCUGAUCAAGCUGGAAUUGAGCCGUUGCCGCCUGCGAAGCCUCUCCCCCCACGCGUUCGUUGGCCUAGACACGCUGGAGUGGUUGAAAUUGGACCAGAACCAUCUGUCUCAUCUUAAUCCUGUCUCCAUCCGACCAUUGGCUAAUCUCCACGAAAUGGAUCUCCAACAAAAUCCGUGGAACUGUUCCUGCUCUCUCCGACCUACGCGUCAUUGGAUGCAUCGCUUCAAUAUUCAUUCCACUGUGCCGCCGACGUGUGAAGGACCCGAUAGACUAAGCCAAAGAAGUUGGAGUGAUUUGAAUAUCGAUGACUUUGCCUGCCUGCCAAAGAUCAUUCAUGCUGGUCCAGUGAGUCAAAUGCAAGAAGAGACCUCCAACGUGACACUGAUGUGCAGAGUCAUGGGGGAGCCUGCCCCUCAAGUGGACUGGUUUUGGCAGGGCCAAUUAAUAAAGAAUGGCUCAUUGGGUAAUCUGGGAUCGACCUUGUUUCUCAUUCAAGAGAACGUUCUCCGUCGUCGUGACCACCACGAUGUUCGGACCAGCAAUGUGACUAUUUUAAAUGCGGAUAUUGACCAUGGUGGUGAAUACAUUUGUGAGGCCUUCAAUCGAGCGGGUGGUGUGAAGGCUCGCAUGCAAUUGACCCUGGCCAAGCCGAUCACUACCACUCUUCACAAGCGAGUGGAACAAAGCCAGGUGUACGUGAUGGCUGCCUUUGGAGGCUGCGGUGUGAUAUUUGUGACUCUGUUCUUUGUGUGCUGUGUGUUCAGUCUUCGUCAUAAGCCCAUCAUCAGUAUACGCCAGCACGCUCAACAGCAUUACGUUCGAGCCGCCACCAACACCACGGCCUCAGUGGCGGCGGCGGCGGCGGCGGCGCCGGCGGCCGAGUUUGAUGAAGCAUCCUCCACCCGUAAUCAGAAUCACCAGAUUAACAACCAUGGGCCUAAGCGAGAUGGAAGCGCUUCAACGGGCUCGAGUGGUAAUGCUAAUGGCAAUAAUGCUAAUGCUUACGGUGUUGGUUCUGGUAAAAGUGGCACUGAGUCAAUUAGCAUGUCUCAUAGGACUCUGAUCAUGCCAAAAACUCCACCUCUGAGAACCUCUUGCACAUCUACCUCUUUGUCUCAAGCAUCUGGCAAUGCGGAGACAUCAGUCCAAUCAGUACGUCGUGGCUCAAUUCCUCUGAAGGCGGAAAAGCGCAGCAGCGAACUCACCUGCCAAAAACAAACUUUAGGCAAGAUCAAUGAGGAAAGACUUGGCACUCGGAUUGGACCAAUCAACAAACUCCCCCCUAAUGGCGUGGGUCCUAAAAAUUCUUUGUCAAGUGGUCAUCAUCCCUCUUCCAACAAGCCGUCUUCCUAUGCCAUCUCACCUCCUUCCUAUGCCCUCUCCUCCACCACAACCACCUCGUCCCCGCCUCUAUCACCCUUCUCCAUGGCCUCAAACAGUGGCGGUGGCGGUAGUGGUGGCAGUGUUGGUGUUGGUGCUGGAAUUAGUGGUGUCAGUGGGAUUUCCCCCAAUAUCUCCGUGCUGCUCUCUCCUCGGACCCGAGUUCCAACACCCAAAUCUCGACUCAACUGUGAUGGUCUCAAUUCCUCCGUAAUGGGCUGCUCACAGCCAACUUCAAAGGAAGGGAAAGAAGACUCUUCUGCCAUUUCUCCCGGCUCGGUUAAUUGCUCUCGCUCGGUUCGCUUCAAUCUGAAACCAAUCCAUUUUGAAGAGGAUUGGCUCCGAGGCACUCGUUACACACCCCAGGUCUUACUAAGAUCUCCCUCUGAUCCUCUUAUAUCCUUCUGUACCCUUCCAAGAUCUGCAAGCCUAUUUGCUGAUUCCAUGCCCUUCAAUGGACUCUCUGCGCACUUAUCAGAUGCCCGCAAUGGCUAUGAUCCCUCUGCAGUGGAGGACUUCCAAGGCAACCCUGACGACUUAGAAGAGAUGACAUUUAUGAACCGCAGGGUCAGGUUUAGGACCAAAUCCAGCUCAGCGGACAGUCAGGAAGAGCUUUUAAUUGACCAUCCUCGAGAGCAUCAUCUACCACAUACCUGUGGUCGAGUCCAGCCUCUGGCUUCGGCCAUGGCCUCCAAAUUCCGACGAUUCUCGGGUUCUUACGAGUAUCCCUUGGGUAAUGGCACCCCCACUCACGGUGUCCAAGUUCGAUACCACGCAAAUCCCGGCUACUCGCAUCGUGGCAAGCCUGAUUGGCGAAGUAAAUUAUACAGAAACCAACUCGACCAGUUUGGACAGCCCAUUUGGGAAAGACCCGAUCCUGAUCCCGAGAGAAUCACUUUGGGUGACCGUGGAGGCUCAUUGAGGAUCAAUAAGGCAAGUCGCUCUGGACAGACUUACGAUGUGAACGGGAGUGAUAUGACCAAUAGUUUGAUUGAAAAUCGAGGCAGUCCAAUGGCUUGGCGCAAUUCUUUACCAUUUCCUCCACGCCACACUCGAAAGGGAGGCCGAAUAGGAGGAACAGGAGGAGCAGGAGGAGCAGGAGCAGGAGGAGGAGGGAACACUGGCCGGACAUUUGCCUCGGCCUCCUCCCCCGAGGACAGUGACCAUAAACAUGUCAAAAAUAAAAGAGAGAUGAUUCCCCCUUCAUCCAAAUGGGGACCUGGCCCUCAACUGCCUUCGUCUCCCUCCUCGGGCUCGGGCUCAGGAUUGCUGGUCGUUGAGCCCAAUAGGCGGGAACGAAAUCAGAAAUCACCCACGUCGGAUCACUCGGAUGUCAAUGGCCCGCUCGAUUACCAUUCAGUUCAGUUGGACCAUUUCCUCCUCGAGUACCAAUCCUUGCAGGAGCAACUCAUUCGAAUGCGGGAGGCUUGUACGAGCAUUCGUAAAGUGAACCUCAAACACGACCUCGAAGACCUCAGACAGUCCAUCUCCGCUUUUGAGAGUCGUUGUGGCACUUCGAAGAAUGAGACGGUCUCCGCUAAUGUGGCAGAUUUGAAGAGGCGCUACGAAUCGCUCCAUUUGAGAUCCAUCCUGAAGAAGCAUCAAAUCAAUCCAAGCCAUCCCAUCCCCCCACCCACCUCAACCUCGCCGUCGACGUCCCACAGUAGUGGAAGUACAAGCAUCGGAUCCACGGUGCGUCCACCCCAGCGAGGAACACCAAAGGCCGCUCAUAUGGUCAUUCCACUGGAGUUCCUCGGGUCGGAGCGAGAGGAUCAAGCUGGUCACAAUGAGGCCGAGUCAUUGGACACUGACGACCGAUUUCCAUUGUUGUGUAAUUCCUCCCCAUCCUCGUCAGUGAUUGGGCCAGGAACCUCCGUGGACCCGAGUAAGAAUUAUUCGCCUCAAUGGGAACAUUCAUCUUAGACAGCGAAUGGCCGAGAGAAUUAACCCUGAAUAAGGUACACGCACUCAUGAUGGUCAAUGGAAUAAAAAUCGCCAGUGGUGCAGUGAAGUGUUCACCAGGUCGAGGUUCCAAUUGAGGUCUCGCUCCUCUCCCUCCCUCUCCCUCCCUCUCUCUCUCUUACAUUACACUUUCAAGUCAAGUUAGUUCACUAGCCAAGAGCUCCAGACUUGACAGCUCGAUUCUUCGGGAAUCAAAAUGACCGAGAAGGAGAACGAGGGACGGUUUCAAAUCUUCUCUCGGAAAUUGAAAAAAGGAACUACCUUACUGGAAAAGGGACACUCAAAGGAUGAAAGGACCCUUGCAGGGUUAAUGACCUUUUGCAUGUUCCACUCUAUGAGACUUUCGCAGGUUCUCAAGAACGUCUCGAAAUCCAAUUUAUUGCAAUAAAAGAACGGAUUACAAUAUCUGCCUUGCCAAUAUCCUAUUCCGUUUCAUUUUCCCUGUG